AUGCCCCCAGGACCCCCAAGGACCAUCCCAGAGACCCUACAGAUGCCCCCAGGACCCCCAAGGACCAUCCCAGAGACCCUACAGAUGCCCCCAGGACCCCCAAGGACCAUCCCAGAGACCCUACAGAUGCCCCCAGGACCCCCAAGGACCAUCCCAGAGACCCUACAGAUGCCCCCAGGACCCCCAAGGACCAUCCCAGAGACCCUACAGAUGCCCCCAGGACCCCCAAGGACCAUCCCAGAGACCCUACAGAUGCCCCCAGGACCCCCAAGGACCAUCCCAGAGACCCUACAGAUGCCCCCAGGACCCCCAAGGACCAUCCCAGAGACCCUACAGAUGCCCCCAGGACCCCCAAGGACCAUCCCAGAGACCCUACAGAUGCC